AUGGCGACUUCUCAACCCGGCCUACCCCCCUCAGAGCCUGCAUCUGUCAUCGACUUCAUCGCCAGCUCACCCUUCGAGAUAUCUGCCCUCGUCUUCUCCUACCUUGACAACUGCGACCUCAAAGCUCUGCGGUUAACUUGCAACAAGCUUGCCGACCUCGUCCGUCCUCAUCUUCGCUUCAAGCGCGUCUUCAUAUCCGCCAAUCCCCUGAACGUGCAAGUGUUCCGCGCCAUCGCAGACCACGAGACUUUCCGUCACGACGUCCGCGAGAUCGUCUGGGACGAUGCUCGCUACGAAAAGCCACCGCCUCCAGACCCGAGGUUUCCGAAUGAGGACGACGAUUCGGAUGAGGAUUCAGACGAAGACGAAGACGAAGAAGACCGGAGAGAGAAGCCCCCACGUGAUGUUCCUCUCUGGUAUUUCAGACGCUGCAAGGACAACAUUGAGCACUUGGAACUUAGACGCGGGUCUGAUGUAGAAACUUUGCCGCAGCAUGUCGAGACUUCGCGACAGCUUGACGCCCAGCUGCCUCUUCACGUCUCCUACGCUCACUACCAGGAGCUACUCGAUCAGCAAGACCAAGUGCUCUCUACAUCUGCUGAUGUAGCUGCUUUCGAAUGGGCUGUGGAGAACGACAGGUUCCCUAACAUGAAGAGGAUUACCCUGACGCCCGCUGCACACGGCAUUCUUUUCAAACCGUUAUACCUAACCCCUGCCAUUCGUGCGCUUCCGCACGGUUUCAACUACCCGCUUCCUCGUGGCUGGCCAGCCCCUGAAGACGGAUGUAGAAUUGGAUAUGCGGAGUGGGACCGCGAGGAGUCCAAGGACUUUUGGCGUGGAUUCCGCCAUGUCGUCAGAAUUGCCGCUCGGCAGGGGAGCACAAAGAUCCAGGAGCUGAUCUUUGACGGCAACCAGAUCAACUCUGGGCUCACGUGUGGCAUAUUUCACGCACAGGAACCAUGUGCCGAGUACGACAACCUCGUUGCCGUGAUCAAGAAGCCAGGCUUCACCACGCUCAGACUCAACCUCAUGGUGGGCGCGCAGGAUUCUAGGCAUUACAUUGCUUUCCGCACCGGACGCCUGAAAAGGGCUUUGGAGGCCGAUUUGCGAAACUUUACCCUCGAGACCGACGAAGACGACACCCUUGAAUGGAGGCCGCCACCCUUGCAUUGGACCGUGGAUCACUUUGUUCCCUUACGUUCUAUUUUCCCCGUCGAGGCGUGGAAAAACCUGGCACACUUUGGGCUUUCACGCUUUCUCGUCAAGCAGCAAGACUUGCUCGACUUCCUCGCCGCACUGCCGCAAACCCUCCGCUCGGUGGAGCUCAGCUUCCUCUGGUUUAUGAAAGACAACGGCAACUACAGAGAGCUGCUCUUUGGCAUUCGUAACGACCUGGGCUGGCAGACGCGAGCCGCGAGACCUCGUCUGCAUAUUCGAGAUCGAAUGCAUUCCUCCAUGGCAGGGCGCGCCGUCUGGCUCGAUGAUGAGUUGCAAGAGUUUCUCUACAACGACGGCGAGAACCCGUAUCCAAUUCCUCCAACGCGGGCGAUGAACUUUGGGACAAACGCUCGUCCCUUGACUGUGACCAUAGGCCAUGGUUUUGGGAAGAAGAAGGAUGCAUUUGAACCGAGAUAUGAACGACCCUUUGUGUCGCAUAACGAGCUUAUUCGUUUGGGAAUUCGCAGGAAAUGGAUGUUGGAGUAA